CGUAUUACGGUAACACGAGGUAGUCGCCUUUAUUUUAGCUGGAAUAUCAAGCUAGUCAGUCGCUUCAUUAAUAUUUAACAUUUAGUCAGUUUUACGUGGUCCAGCUGAAUAAGGUUUACAUAAACAAGGCCUAGUAAAUGUCUUGGUUUAGUCAAAGUCUCUUAAACUACAUUUCCCAGUUUUCCCUCAGCUGUCCGGUGAUACGACGUGUCGUAAAAAUGUAGUUAACAACAGCAGAAACCGAGAUGGACAUCACGAAAGACGCUUGACAGUUUCCGACUUUAUCCUUGUUUGUAAUCGAAAAUGUUUAUCUAGUGAGGUCAGGCUUCGGUACACAGGGCUGGGUGUGACAAUGGAGGCUAUGGACGAUGACAGUUUGGACAUAAAAGACGACCAUAACCACAACAUUUGUGUGAGCAGCAGCGGUAAAGUCCGCCCGUAUCUCCGAAGCCAGCUGUCGGAUGCAACUACAGUCCCGCAGCCCGUCUGUUUACCGGUGCCGGCAGGAGAACCGGGAACUCGACGACGGAACGUGUGGUCUGGUAACACCGGGGGAUCAAAGUUUAUGGACUCGGAUUCAGGCAGUGAAAGCAGCGAAGUCAGCGAGACGGACUGCACGGCUCCGCCAGUCGCUGUCGAGGGAAAAUUCACCCUCGACUCUACUUCCAAGUUCCUUCUCAAUGCAAUGGCUGUAGAGGAGUACCGGAAAAACCACUGGCCAAACCUUGAGAAGGCAAUCGACCGUUUGCUGAUUCAAAAUCCCACAGACCACAUCUCUGUUUCUUAUGCACAGAUAUACAGUUACGUCUACAAGUGUGUUUGUCAGCAACAUUCUGAGCUGCUCUACAAUGAUUUGACAUUAAAAAUAACAAGUCAUCUGCAACAGGUUUCCUCCCAUCUACAAGCCAGCCCACCUGAGAACUUUAUUGAGAACUUCAAUGUUGUGCUGACGCAAUACACGGCUUCUCUUCAAUGUAUAGUUCCUGUAUUUAUGUACUUGAACAAGUUCUACAUCGAGUCAAAACUCAACAGAGACCUAAGAGAGGAUCUGAUGAAGCUGUUUGCUGAUCAUGUCGCAGAAAAACAUGUGAACACACUGAUGCCUCUUCUCAUCAAAGCUCAUUCCAUGCCCUUUCAAGUGCAGCCAUCUACAAUGGCCAGUGUGGUUAAAGGCCUCUACAGCCUCCGACCAGAUUGGGCCCAGUUAGCCCCGGCUCUUUUCUCUGGGUUUAUUCCCCAAAUCAACCCUCCUGCUGUGGAGUCUCUGCUGCCUGACUACGCCGCUCAUGACCAGAAGUUACAGAUGGAGCUCUCCAUGAACGGAUUUCCACGGGGCGACCAGUCUCGCAAACGGGCCAGCGAUGACUCCUGAUAGCAGAGCUGCCGUCACCAGAUUUGUUGCAGAACUUUAGCUAUGCCUGCCGCAUCUUUAUCACAAGUUGGCUCACUGCACUAGGUGCAAUGUUGACAAGUGUCAGUUUCAUCUCUUGUCGACUCAAGGUCACAAACACUGUGAACAACAAAGACAAUAUGAUGUUGAGCUGUUGAGCAGAUACUUAAUCUCACUGCACUAAAGAAAAAAGAAAAAGCACACAGACUUCCAUUAUGGUGCUUUCCUCUGUGAUUAUGACGCAUCCAGCUUUAGUAUUUGUGGGAUGCUGCUGUGUGCGCAGAGAUGAUUUUCCUCACGCUCUCCUCAUUUGAAGAGUGCCUUCAGUUGUGUCUGUUCUGUAUCCUAACGAGGGAUAGGCUGACGAUGGGUAUUUCAUUCCUUAACCUUUAACAUGGAAGUGUCUUUUUUUUUUUUUGAUAGACUGGGCUAAUCAAGACUUUCUAUUGCUGCUAAUAAUACUGUCCACAUGAUAAUACUACAAAUCCCUUGGCAUCACCCACUGUGUCUGUAACCCGGUGGCUUCACUCAACACAAAUGUGUGUGGAAAGACAUGAGAACAAGAGGGGCUAAGUCAUUGACCUCAAAUAUGAUUCUCUUCUUCGUGUUGCCUUUACUGUGUUGGCAAACCGGACUGUAUUUUCCUGUUACGCCAAAGAGGAUUUGCAGAAGUUGUUUUUUUUUUUUGUCUUUUAUAUAUGAUGCAUUGGAUUUGAGUUGACAUUGUUAAUGUUGUAUGCUGUCUGAGUCACUGAGCCAUUUAAUUUUUUUUAUACUAAAGAGUUUUGAGCUUUGGUCGAACCAUUUGUUUGUUAGGUUCAGGUCAACUUUAAAUGUCACCUGUCUGUUUUAGCCUUGCAUGUAGGAUUGGCAGGGUUUGCCAUGUAGGACAUUACACUGUUCGUCAGAGAGCUUAGAUAACAAUACAAUGGUGUUGACAAUUUGAUUUCAGUUUGUUUGACAACUUUCCUUUAUCAUCCCUAAACUGUAAAUAUAUUAAACCUGAUGCUUGAUGGAUUAUACAAAAUGAAUGAUAUGCAAUUAUUGUUUGGCCUGAGUCUGGCAUACUCGUGUGUUCAAUGUUCCUAUCAUGUAUAGCCUGUUCAUGAUGUAAAUGUUUUUUUUGUCUUUGCAUAUAGUGGUCAGUGUACACUAAUGUUUGUCACAGAUGCAUUUUUUGUUAAAUGAUCCACUUGACAAGAAGUAUUUGAUACAAGGUCUUACACUGUUUUAAGUGUAAAUGGAUGCUCAGGCUUGCUUUUUGUUUCCAUCUGUGGGUCUAUGAAAUGGUUCUCAUUCUCUUUCAAAUAAACUAAUUUCAUUAAU